AACGAGCAAAAAAACUGUAACGGCAGAUGAAAUGAAAUCGAACGGACGGCGAAAACCCUAGCAAAAACCUCCUCACCGGCGAAAAUGCGAUCUCCGGUCUCCAGAUUCUUAUCAAGAUCCAUCCUUUUCCUCCACCGCGCAACGCCUUUAACCGCCGCCACUCGCCAACUAUGCGCCGUCGCUUCUCCCGAUACCAGGACAAAGAACCUCGACCGAAUCGCCGACGAAUUGCUCAAACUGAACAGGAUCGAGCUUUACGAUUACUCGAUCCUCUUCAGCCAUAAACUCGGUCUCAAUCGCUACGACUCUUCCGUCUCCGUCAGCGCCGGUGAUCUCCCCGCCGGCGCAUCAGCCUCUGCUCAGACCAAAGCUGCGGAGAAGACGGCUUUCGAUGUGAAGCUGGAGAAGUUCAAUGCGGCGUCGAAGAUUAAGGUGAUUAAGGAGAUAAGAGCGUUCACGGAGCUGGGACUGAAAGAAGCCAAGGAACUAGUUGAGAAAGCUCCUGUUGUUGUGAAGACAGGUCUCACUAAGGAGGAAGCUGAGAAUAUCAUGGAGAAACUCAAAGCUGUAGGUGCUGUUGUAGCUUUGGAAUGAAAUAAAGUCUCAGACUUUAUCAUCAGACAACUCCUCUUAUGAAAUGAUUGCUACUCCUCUGUCCUGUCUGGUAAUAACUUCUUCGUGUAAUACAUUUUAU